UUGUAAGAAAAUCUUAUCACUAUCAGUGCGAUUUUAUUAAAAUAAUCUUUAUUCUUUAUUUUGAUUUGUAUAGUUAGUUAGUGGUCAUGAUAAUUUACUAGUGGAGAGGAUUGUACAUAGUAUUAAUGGCCAAAUUAUCGAAUGGCUGGGUUCAGCUGGUACCUUUCUGAGGGCUUUCAAGUGAUAAUAGAGAAGUCGAAAGAUGCAAAAUGCAGCCUAACAGAUGUGCAGUUGCGUUUCUUGUGCCCUGAUGACUUGGAGGAGGUGAGGUCCCUAUGUAGAGACUGGUUUCCAAUAGAAUAUCCACAGUCGUGGUAUGAGGAUAUCACGUCAUCAGAGAGAUUCUUUGCUCUCGCUGCAGUCUACAAGUGUCAGAUCAUAGGCCUAAUAGUUGCAGAGAUUAAGCCUUAUUUAAAAUUGAAUGCUGAGGACAAAGGAAUAUUGUCAAGAUGGUUUGCAUCAAAGGAUACACUUGUUGCAUAUAUCCUCUCUCUAGGUGUGGUCCGUGCAUACCGCCGUUCAGGCGUAGCUACCAUGCUGUUAGAUGUGCUGAUAAACCACCUAUCGGGACCAGUACCGCAGCCUCCCCACGAGCACAAAGUUAAAGCAAUAUUCCUACAUGUACUCACAACCAAUUCGGAAGCCAUAUUUUUCUAUGAGAAGAGAAGAUUCCGACUACACUCAUUUCUGCCAUACUACUACUCUAUAAAGGGGCGAUGUAAAGACGGGUUCACAUACGUGUACUAUGUGAACGGGGGACACGCACCGUGGGGUCUAUACGACUAUGUGAAGUACGUGGCACGGGCGGCGUGGCGCGGCGGCGGACUAUACCCGUGGCUGUGGGGGAAACUACGCACCGCGCUCACCAUAGCCUGGCACAGAUUAAUUACAUUACCAUGUCGAUCAGCGUACUACAAUGUGUGAAAUGGACAAUGUGUACCCGCACUUAGAAAUUCCCACAAAACUUAGAGGUGCAGUCUAUAAGCAGUGAUUUACACGAGAGAAUUUUAAAGAAUAUCACUACAUUAAUUAAUUUAUGUAUGUGCACCACAAAUUUUGACAUGAAGCCAUUUUGUCACAAUAGAAUGCCAUUGUAUAAGCUUAGAACAAACGAACCCCAAAAAAAUAAUACUCGUUUUAUGUCACCUAUAUUUUGUAUGUUUAUUUUUAUUUUAUAAAAUGCUAAUUUACAAUAUUGUUCUCACUGUAGCCCGUGUUUAUACGACAUGGUUGAGAUGGGUACAAUUUAUACAAUGCAUCCUAUUAUGUCAAUUUGGCUUUCAACAAAAUACAGACAGAGGUAUUUGUGAUAAUUUUUAGUACUCAAAGCUUUAAAUUAAAAUACAUAUUGUAAUUUUUCGUGAUUAAUCGAAUAUAUCGAGACACUUUAGUUGCGAUUAGAAUAUGAUAUUUGAACAAAAUAUUCGUUUCAUAACGCAU